UCGUACGUGAUCGGAUGGGUGUACGUUGUCGGAUGGGGGGUGGCCAACUACCCGACGGUGAUCAGCAAUGCGCAGCUGCGGUCGGUGCAGGGCAUCUCGAUCGACUACAUGUACUUCAACAUGAUGGGGUUCAUUCUUUACACGUUGUACACGGGGAUGAUGUGGGGCUCGCCGGUGGUGAAGCGGGAGUUCUACGAGGAGAACGGCGAGUGGCCGUUGAUCCGGCUCAACGACUUGGUGUUCGGGCUGCACAACCUCUUCACGAACUCGCUGGUACUCUCGCAGGCGUACUGCUGGGGGUUCCGGCGCAACGACAACCAGCGGCUCAGCAGCACGGCGAAGGUGAUCCUCGCCGGCGUGGCGGCGUACGUCGUGGGCGCCUCCGCGUACAUCUACCGCACGCAGGGGCUCGAGCCCGUCGCCGGGUGCUUCAACUGGAUGCACCUCUUUACGUCGCUCGGGCUCGUCAAGAUCGGCAUGAGCGUGUGCAAGAACAUCCCGCAGAUCCUCUACAACUACCACCGCAAGUCCACCCACGGCUGGCCCAUCCUCAUGAUCUGGCUCGACUUCGGCGGCGCCUUCCUCUCCUUCGUCCAGCUCCUGCUCGACGCCUGGCUUGUCGACGACCUCUGGGCCAUCUUCGAUAACAAGCCCAAGCUCUUCCUCGCCAUCCAGGUCUUCAUCGCAGACUUCAUCUUUUUUUUCCAGCACUACUACCUCUAC